CAGCUCGUAUCGACACCACUUGUCAGUAUGCGCUGGCUAGGAGGCCCAAAAGAGAUGCUGCCCGCAUAGGCUGCUGCCUGCCUCAUCAGAGAAAUCCGCACUGAAGAGGCUCCGGCGUGGCCAGCCGUAAUAAUGACGCACCGGACGGACCUGAUCUGGUGGAUCCUCGUCAUUCGUGGCGAUGUGGCGGCGCAAUGCUUAGCCCGGGACGCGCUGGAGCUUGUGACUGUGGCUGACUCAGCUCCCCCGGGACUCUGCGCCCUCGGUUCGUCCGCGGUGCGUCACGGGUAUCGCCUGACGAUUCUCGGCGCAAACCGUUCGGCCUACCACGAUCUAUUGGAGUCCAAGCCUCGGAUGCUGCUGAACUUUUUGAGGCGAGAUGCCAGCUUGAACAACGUCGUCGCUUUCGUCGACGGUUUCGACGUGCUCGCGCAAAGAGGGCCCGGUGCAGCCCUCGCCGGCUGGGCGCACGUGGGUUCGCCUGAUAUCCUCUUCGGCAGCGAAUCCUACUGUUUUCCCUUCCGUCGGGGGCGAACGCCGUCAUUAUACUGCCGCCGGACCGUCCAGACCCUCCGCGUCGGCGACAAGCUCGUCUGCCUUGGAAAGGCCCGCCGCCUCUACGCCGAGCUAGGCGUCGACGUCGUGCGCCACUGCGUCAAACUUGCCGGGACAGCGCCGGAAGAGUCUAUCUUUCUCCCCAAACCAGGCGAGCGCAUCAUCUUUCCCUUCCUAAACUCGGGCCUCUACCUUGGCCGUCCAACGCAGUGUCUGAGGCAUGGUGUGCAUUUUCCGACCUCUUGAAAUCGCCCCUUGGCAAUGAGCGCCGCGUCGCAGGCCGGGGACCGCUCGUGAAGCUCCUCGAGGCCUACCUCGAAACCUAUGCACAAAGCCCAGCACUCGCUGGCCUUACGGACCAGGCUGUUUUCCACGAACUAGCGGCCACCAACCCCGCGCUGGCGACGGAUAGAGAGGGCCACGUCUUCCUGAAUGCCUGUUGCCCCCGUGGCGCACUUCGUCGUGGCCUCGCCGCCUGGAACGCAUCGGCCGAGGCCUAUGACCUUCCGGCGGCCCGAGCUGCGCCGGCUUUUCUCCACUGGAAUGGCAACGUUGGCGAGGAGGAUCCGACGCGCACGAUGCUCAUGAGUGCACACGCGCGCGUGCGCGCUCCUCGCGCCUGCCCCGGCGUCGUCCGUGUCCUCGGCGCACAAGGCGUCGCGGAAGACUAUCACCGGCACUGUGACUUGGCUUAGCUUAAAGUGAACUUACUUU